GAAUGAGCUGCAGCACUAGGGUUAAAGGCCCAUGAUGAACCAGCGAGCUGAGACAAACAACUGCUGCAUGGUCCCAACUAGGGAUGUAUAACUCUAUCCUGUGUCCUGCUUGCCAGCUGGUAUAGACCUCUCUGGUUCAUCUGGUUCCCUUUCAGAGGUCUGCAGAGGUUCUUACAACGUAGAGUAUCAGAGGAUUGACCCCUUCCCUGAGAUCCCUUGGACCUGUCAGAGGUAUUAGAGAAAUACUAAUUUAUGCUGGAUGGGAUGAGCAGUGUCUACAAUAUGAUACAUACAGAGAACACAGGAGGUGGUUACGCUUGUCUCGUGAUACCUUCUCACAGAGAAAGGAUGGGUCCUCACGGUUACUCACAGCCUUCACAGGCUCAAAUACAGCACUGGCUGGCUUUGUAACACUUGGAAUGCCAGAACGUUGGCCUCUUAACAUGUGGUGUAGCUCACUGCUCCCUAGCGUAUUCAGGAGUAAUAGGAGGACUCUGAAAGACUCUUUCCACCUCUGAAGGGCGGCUGAGUAGCUUAUGCGGUAUAUAAUACUGUAACUUUUUUUUAACAAAACACAUCUCAUUUGAUCAGCUUAAACUUCUCACUUUUCCCAAGGCAAAAUACCCUGUUCUCUAGUUCCAACAAAAACUGACUGGAAAUGAUCAAGCUGUUACUGGUCUGUAGUCAGAAAAGCCUGUUUAGACAUCUGCAUAGACCAUCUUAUAGAAUGUUUUAAAUCAGGCUUAUGAACUCUAGAUUAGUGAAGUUUGAAAAUGUUUGAGAACUGCAGAUGGUGUCCUUAUAGUAAAAGCACUAAAAUGCAUGUAUUGGUUUUCUAAACGAGAAUGCAUAGUUGAUCACUUCUCACAUUCCUUACAUCGCAAACUUCAUUUAAGUUUCAGAUAAGUUGUGUGGGAGGUCUUAGCAAUGAGUGUUUUGGUGUGUUGUUAACUUAUUGGAGAGGUUUAGAAUAUGCUAGAUUCAGGAAAGGGACAGAUUUCUUCGUUGAUCGGAGUUACUGCUACAUACUUCAGAAGGAAAGCUCUCUAAGGCUUUUUGCCUUUGUAGAUGAAGUCCUCAGUUCUGAAUGACCUGGCUAACAAUGAAAUACCAUGAUCAAACUGUACAGAAAAUGAUGAAUUUCUGCCAGCUUAACAUUUAAAAACCAAGUUUGUCAUCAACUAACCAUCUUUCAGUGGGUUGCAACGUGGCCUUUGAAGGCUGCUUCUGCUCUCUCAUAGGUAUAAGGCAAGCCUUCUCAACUAUCUCUUAAGUGACUGCUACCAAAUGAUCCUGCAAAGCUUUUUGCCCCUUUGGAGGAAGUAAGGGCAUGGUUUCUAGGUAGCUAUGUGUAGUCUACUAAACUCUUACUAUGUAAAAGCUAAUAGUUGAACAGAUUCAAAGAUGGUGUUAUUGGGUUUAUCACUUAGGCAAUGGAAGAAAGUAUGAAAAUCAUAUCGGUAAUAAAAUCUAUACAAUUUAUUUUUCAUAAAAGUAAACAUAAAAUAUUUUAUCUAAUAAUAAAGUGAAAUAUAUGGGGUCAUUACAAACUUUGCUUUCUGCUUCUAUAGCAUGAGUCUUUCCCCCCCACAAUGUACAGUCAGCUCAGAGUUGCUGUAACUAAUUGCCCUCCAACUCACUUGUGUACCCAGGAUCUCUUACCAGUUUUGCUUUGUAAUUUGUGCCCACACAGAGGAGUUGAAUCAUAUUCUUUGACUUACUCUCGAUGUGUUAUACUAAUUUGGGUGGGAUUGACUGGCUUGUCUGCAGAAUAUUUAGUACGUUCAUUCCUAAAUUGCUUUUUGUCACAAAGAUAACAUGGGUUGCCUUAGGUCUAGCCGUUAUAACUGAAUUACUAAGUAAGUCCUGUCAAUUUUGUUUACAAAGGCCCUGGUGUGCUAAGAAUCAUGCUUUCUGAGAGACACCAGAGGCUGAGGUAUCUCUUACCAUUUAUCCAGCUCAAAACAAAGAUGAAUUUAUGUAGAAAUACAGGUUGACUGUAGGAUUUCCCACUUGUAUUUUUAUACGUGGUCUUUCCAUUUUUCCUCUGAAACGCUUUAUAUUGCCCUGUUCUUCAGGCUUGCAAUAACAAAUGUUAGAAGUGCAUGCUUUUGUUUUUCUCCCCUUUACCUUGCUUAUAGUGAAAGACACAGAAUAGGAUUUAAUUUGCUCCUAGCUUUGCUACUAUAGCUGUCUUUUAAAUAAAGAAGAUCCUACGACCCUCACUAUCUAUACUGAUUUUUCUUUCUGAAGCCUGGUUUCCUUAUGGUUUCAGCUGCUCUCAAAAUCUAGAUGCAUAUAUCUGUCAAAACUCUUUAAGUUUUCAUGAACUGAAGUGCACCUGUGUUGCUGAUCAAGAGUGGGCGCUGCUUGCUAAUAUUCCUUGAUGUUGUUGCUACUAAGCCAUAGCUAUUUUUCUGUUCUAGUACUGUCCUUUGUCUUUUCUCUGUUCUCAUUCAUUUCUCCUUCUUUCUCUCUUAGUUUAUGGCUCCUUCUCCAGGUUUCCUCUGCAGCAGCGUGUCCAUGUUGGAGUUCGGCUCCUUGAGACAGGUGGUAGCGGCUCUUGAAGCACAGCUGAACUGCUUGCGUGAGCCUCCAGAUCUGUAAGAGUGAGUUGGUUUUGCAGUGGCUGAAUUAAGGAUGACAGAGGCAGCAGAUGUGGAAGAUACACUUUAUACUGCUGUUCAGUCGGCAGGGGAAAUUAAGGCUUCAGAAAUGGUAUACGACGCUACCUGAUAAAGAGAAGAAAAAGAUCAUUCGAGAAAUUGUUCAGAUUAUUUUGUCUCGCAAUCAAAAAACAUGUAGUUUUGUUGACUGGAAAGACCUCAAGCUUGUUUACAAAAGGUAUGCUAGUUUGUACUUCUGUUGUGCAAUAGAAGACCAGGAUAAUGAGCUCCUGACACUAGAGGUCGUUCAUCGAUACGUAGAGCUUCUGGACAGAUAUUUUGGAAACGUGUGUGAGCUGGAUAUUAUCUUUAAUUUUGAAAAAGCUUAUUUUAUUCUUGAUGAGUUUAUAAUUGGUGGAGAAGUACAAGAAACUUCAAAGAGGUCUGCAGUGAAAGCCAUAGAAGACUCUGACAUGUUGCAGGAGACAGUGGAAGAGUACAUGAACAAGCCUGCAUUUUAAUGUUAAAACUACCUGGAGAGGAACUGCUGAAUGCACCUGUAAAAUGCACUUCCUGAAAUUGCUUACCAAUGUGCCAGAUCCUGAGAGAAAUACCAAAAACCAAUAACUAAAGGAGUUUGUUUGUAUAAUGGUGAAGAUGAAGGUCAGCUAAUGUAGCACAGGGUUUAACAAUUCUGUACUUGCAUUACUCUGCGUAUGAGUUUCUCAGAAUUGUUAUUACCCUUGAUCUAGUUUCUCUUCUCCUUGGUGGACUAAACACUUGUUUUGUAUCAUAUCUUUUAGCUACGGGUUUUGUCAUCAUAAAAUGUCACUCUGACAGUACUUUGAAGAGGUAUUUUUACUAGUUUUGGUCCACUGCUGACCGUAUGACUCUACUUUUGUACAAAUGUCCAUUCUUUUGAAUGUAAUGAUUAUUCUGCUCUAAUAAUAAUGUUUUUCUAAAAGCCAAAUUGUUGUGGGCCCUGAUUUCACAAGCUCGUUUUAAAAAGAUUAACCGAUCUAUUAGAAGAAGAAAUAUACUUGUUUUUGGACCAGCCCCUUUUUUUCACUAUCUUCCUUCUAUUUUCUGCUCUAGUCUGCUAAUAAUUCUGCUCCAACUGCUACUAGAGUGCACUCCACACCUCCAUUUAAUCUGGAAGACUGUGCUGACUCGAGGUAGGCUUCUCCCAGGCUUCGUGAGUCCUCCUUGCUCCUGCAUGUGGAUGGCCUCUUUCUGUCUUUCUCCUCAUUUUCCUAUCCCCUUCGUAGAUCCCCUGGACUUGGACAAAGGCUGCAACUUUUGAAAGUGUGCAACUUGAGAGCAGGAGAUAUCCUGAAGAGAAGAACUUAGUCUUUGGGAUUUUAGGGUGAAGAUCAUCUUGUCUAUGUUUUGACUCUGUAUCCACCAAUAACCAUGUUUCCCAGUAGAGUUUUCCAGUCCCCCAUGCACACACCUAUUGGGAUGAUCAGCCUUCUAGUAGUUGAACA